UAUGCCUCUUUCAUUUCGUCUAUUAUUCAUUCGAUCGUUACAUUGAUCUUCCCAACGGGGCAAAUAAUUCCUACCAAAUUGAAGAGCAUUUGCAACGACCCGCAUGUCUCCAGCGUUAAAAACCUCGUCAGACGCCGAAGUCUUAUCACUUUCCGAGGGUGAGGGGCUAGGGAGGGACGCAACCUCUGUCAGAGUAGCGGUCAGGCAGCCCCCAUCGCAGACAGACGCUCGGCGAGAGAGCGUGUAUUGAGAGCAAGUUGUGUGGAAAAUAUUACUGAUAUUUACAUCGAUGCUGAUUGCAAUGGACCUUUUGUCACAAUAGUGACAGCUCUUUGAUUUGAUGGGAGAUAUAGUUUAUGACAUAUGAAGAGACUGUGAAACAGUCGAGGAACUGUCAUUCAACGACUUUUAAUCCUCUUCACUUGACAGAGGUGUUCGUUUCAGUGAAAUAGACAUUUGAGGAUUUAAAGAGCCGGGUUGAGAAGUGAGCCAAUCAACUUCAGUACCAGAUUGGAAUUUACAAGUUUUCGGAUCAAUUGACGCAAUGAGAACAGCUAUUGACAGGCGAUCGCUUCUAUAAACAUAUACCCGUGUUAUUAGCACCGGGGAAAUCGACGGCAAUAAACUAUUGUCAUUAACUGCGCUUGUCAUUAGCAGCAAUUACCACGGUGAUGACAAAGACAAUGGGCGAUCAGCUGACUGCAGGUUGGUAAACAGUCGCUAAUUAUGCAAUAACCCGGAAAUACUCCUCCCAUCGACCUCGUGGAGAUUAAAGCGGAUUAGCUCAAAGAGGCGGGGCAUUUGGUUCUUCUCGGCAGUGCUUAUCACACCACUAGCGCUCUUAACCCUAAACGUCUUGAGUUUGUUUAUCAUUUUGUGGAGAGACUCUCAUUGGAGAUACUUGAAGUGGCUUACUAAUUGUUUUUAAAACUUACCUGAGAAGGGUGCAGGUUUCGUACGGACUUGGAACAUGUUCAAGUGACAUUGCAGUAAUUAACUCGAAGUGCUUACCGGAAUUUGAGAACCGGAGGACCUCUUAAAGACUUUGAAACCUCGUGAUUUGUGUUGGACUAGAUUUCAUUCGGGUGUGAUCUGUGAAGGGACUUCAUAAUGUAUUGCACUAUGGAACCACAGGCGCUAGCGUCUUACCCGGUAAUAUUCAACGGUAAUAAGUUGUAUACCACCCCCAGGACUUGGCACCCCCACAUCUACGAGAAACCACCCAGGCAGCCUACGUCUUUCUUCAUAGCAGAUAUCCUGGGUCUGAGGGAGGAGAGGGGGAGCAUGUGUUCUACCAGCCCUGGGGGUCUGUCUCCAGCCUCACCCCUCGACCAGCUGUCCAGGCACCGCAUCAGCCCCACCCUGAACCGCACCCCUGACAGUGAAGAUGAAGAGAGUCGUCACCGUGGGGACAUGAGUGACCGUCUUUCGUCAAGUUCCCCGAAAACAGGCGAUGGUUCUCAGAGCGAAAAGAGGAAGAAAUCCGGCGAUGAAAGCGACGACAAAGACAGCGGACAACCUCAGAAGAAGAAGAAAGCGAGGACGACAUUCACAGGACGCCAGAUAUUUGAGCUAGAGAAGCAGUUUGAGCAGAAGAAGUACUUAUCCUCAGCCGAAAGAGCAGAAAUGGCAACGUUACUGAAUGUUACAGAAACACAGGUGAAGAUUUGGUUCCAGAACAGAAGAACAAAAUGGAAGAAACAGGAAAAUAUAUCGAGUGCCGAGGCGGCUGAACAUAAACUGAACGCGGAGAAAAACUUGUUGAAGAACAUGAAAUGUAAGAAGGUUACGGAUAAAGACGAAAGCAUCGGAGAUGAAAUUCAAGAUGGCGACCGUUUGACCAAGACAGAAUCAGACUCAUUGUCGGCAUCCGAUGUCGUUGAUGGCCGUGUGCAAAAUUUAGACAGUUCAGCUUCAAAUUGUGAGUCAGAUCCAAAAGUGUUAAAUCUUUCGUCACCUGAAGAAGAAAAGACAAUUAAAGUUGAAGAAACGACAGAAAUGAACUUGGACCAUGUCCCGGUGUUGCCUUGUUAUGACGUGGUGGCGGUGACGGCCCAGUGACCCUGACCUUGCCCGGCUUUGAUAAGGGUAAACAACGAUAUUUCACAUCUGAAACAUACGUUUUUCCAUAUGGUCGAGAUUGGUGCAAGCAAGCUCAUUUCACUGCACAUAUGACUGCGAACUUAACGCUGUGUGACGUGGACUUGCUACUUUCCAAGACGUCGUGUACAACAGCGUUCUUAUGUCAUUAUUAUGUCGAGAGGUAUUACAAAGACUUUGAACACUAUCACAUCUCUUGGUCGUAUUGGUGCCAGUUAUUAUUAUGGUGUUGUGAAUGUAUUAUCACUAUUAUUAUCACUUAAGGGUGCAGUUUAAGUCUUAACGUUUAUUGCAGACAAUCAGGAGCAUGAUAACCGUAUUUGAGGAGGAGGCGGGGUAGUCCUGUGGUGAUGGCACAGACACACCAAACUCUGGUUCGAUUCCACAUAGACAUUUCCCCACCAGAAUAUGGAUGAAAUAAACGGAUUGGCGUUAAACUCAAAUCCAAAUGCGACAUGCUUUCUUCUAAAUAACGCAUUCUCAUUAAAGUACUACUCAACGGCGUAAAAUACGCUCCCCACUUACGAACACGUAACAACGCAAUAUAUACUACUCAAAUAGUUAAGGACAACACAUUUGUUUCAUAUUACUGUAGCGUCAGUCGUUGUGUGAGAGGCUAGUUAAAGUAAUUUGAAAUACUUGAUUGUCUGUAACCUCUUUGAGUAUUAAGUCAAACGUGCAAAA